ACUACGUGGUCGUGGUUUUGCCUGAUCUGUGAAAGGCACUUCCAUGACGUUUUAAAUAUUUGUUUUUAAAUAAAAAAAAGGAAAAUCGCCUGUUUACAUGAUAAGAAUCAAAGGAAAUUAACAAAAUGUCUAAAGGGUCGAUAGUUUUGAUAGCCUGUGGGAGUUUCAGCCCUCCUACGUAUAUGCAUCUGCGAAUGUUCGAAAUUGCCCGUGAUUACAUACAUUCGUUUGGUAUUGGUUCAGUAGUCGGCGGAAUCGUUUCUCCUGUCCACGACGCUUACGGCAAAAAGGAUUUAGUUGCUUCGCAUCACAGAAUUAGCAUGUUGAAAUUAGCCUUGCGUUCCUCAAACUGGAUCAAAGUAUCGGAAUGGGAAUCUCGUCAGGCUGGCUGGACAAGAACCAGACUGUCCUUAAAAUACCAUCAAGAUAUAAUAAAUGGAUACAAAUCAAAUUUAGAUCCAGAUUCAGCGGAGUGGUUGCCAGAUGACGUUCUCAAUGUGAACAGCUAUGAUGAGACUGACAACUUUCCUCUAAUGACGAAUGGUAACUAUCAAGAACGGGUGACAGUAAAGCUGCUCUGCGGUGCUGAUCUUCUGGAGUCCUUCGCCACCCCGGGACUUUGGUCUGAUGAAGAUAUCGAAGCAAUAGUCGGUACGCAUGGCUUAGUGGUGGUCACCAGGGCAGGCAGUAACCCCUCCAAGUUUAUUCACGAAUCUGACAUACUUUAUAAGCACAGGAGGAACAUCCUGCUGGUGCCCAACCACGUGGUCAACGAGGUGAGCUCCACCGUGGUGCGGCGGCUGCUGCGGCGAGGCGAGAGCGCGCGCUACCUCACCGACGACGCCGUGCUCGCCUACGCCGCCCGCCACGCGCUCUACGCCGCCGCGCCUGAGCACGCGAGUCUGCGCGACGUGACGUCAUCAACCGCGCGCCCGCCGCCUGGGAGGCGCGCCAAAAAAACUAACUUUCUUAUAUCGAGCUCCCGCACCGACUCGGUCAGUCCGGUCGACGGCGUGAAACCGAAGCUGGCGUACGUGGACAGGGUGCCCCCCGGCUACGUGCCCGGGAAGGCGGUCAAGAUCGUUAGUGACGUCGCCCAGCACGCCACGGCCGGCGACAAGGGAAGCGGUUGCGCAUUGUAGCUGACGUGUUGCGCGCCGACGCGGUCCGCCCCGUGAGCGCGACACGCCGGCGCCGCGACGUGACCGAGGCGCGAGCCGCCCUGUGUGCAUGACCACGUCGUAUGUAGCCAGUGUCGUAUUCGAUGUUUGUUCUGACGCAUUGUACGCCGGCGUCCCUGCGAUAGUGCGGGAUUCGGAAUCUCGCUUUAACGCCGGCCUUGCGAAAAUGCGGGAUUCGAAGUUUGUCGCUUUAACGCCGGCCCUGCGAAAAUGCGGGAUUGGAAGUUUGUCGCUUUAACGCUGGCCCUGCGAUAAUGCGGGAUUCGAAGUUUGUCGCUUUAACGCCGGCCGUGGGAUAAUGCGGGAUUUAAAAUCUUGCUUUAACGCCGGCCCUGCGAUAAUGCGGGAUUCGGAAUCUCGCUUUAACGCCGGCCCUGCGAUAAUGCGGGAUUCGAAAUCUCGCUUUAACGCCGGCCCUGUGAUAAUGCGGGAUUCGGAAUCUCGCUUUAACGCCGGCCCUGCGAUAAUGCGGGAUUCGAAAUCUCGCUUUAACGCCGGCCCUGCGAUAAUGCGGGAUUCGAAAUCUCGCUUUAACGCCGGCCCUGCGAUAAUGCGGGAUUCGAAAUCUCGCUUUAACGCCGGCCCUGCGAUAAUGCGGGAUUCGAAAUCUCGCUUUAACGCCGGCCCUGCGAUAAUGCGGGAUCCUGUUGCUUGGUAAUCCGCCUUCUGUUGCCAUGAUUACGCCGAUCUUGUUUUUUUUUUAAUUUUUUAAGAAAAUGUACCAAAUUUUAAAUGCUUUCUUUAUGUACUCAUUGAUUGUAAACAAGCAAAUCAUACCGGCGUACAAUGUGUUCAGUGGAAUUGCUUUGGCGUUUUUCGCGCUACUUAGUCGUUGGUAGCCUAAGGGACUAUUCCGACUUCACGCGGAUCGUUAGGUGAGCUCACCACGGGCUCAACUUGAGAGAAUUGCUAACACUAGCCCUAGCAAGAGCAGUGCUUCGCUGAAUGUACCACGGGUCGGAAUCGCGACCCACUGAGAAGAUGCGGCGAGAAACUCAGUGGAUAUGCUUUAGCCUAGACGCUUUCGCGAAUAUAUUGUUUCAUAAAAACAUUAUAGAUUAGCUUCUUUAGAAAAAAUAUAAGACGUGGUAGCGAAUUAUAAAUGCGUUAUUGUCUCUCUCGUUUUUCACUCGUAAAUUGAAAAAGGACGCGAAAUUCGCCAAAGGAUUUCCACUCUUUAUCUAUUAAGCUUCCCGAUCCGUGCAUGUCGAUAUAGAAAAAUACGUUACGUUCUUUAGCUUUUUGAGCGUUAGUAAAAUUGUGCUUUUUAAGUAUCUAUGUCGCGAUUAAGAAUUUGAGGGAAAUUUAAGGCCGAAAAAUUCGAAUGUGAGCUUUCAAGUUUUAUAUAAUACAAAACAAUAGCUUUUUCGUUAUUGUCACGUGGUGCAGUUAAUUACGCACGUCCUUAGAUUAAAAGAUAUAAGCUUCUAUGAUAGCUUUGGAUACCAUCGAGGAUUCGCCCGUAUUCAAUUGUGAAAAUUCCUUUAAGAUUCCGAUAUAUCUCAUCACUGCUAUACUAUUAUAGUAUGUUAUAUAGUAAAGCGCGUUCGGAUUCUCAAAAACAUCGCAAGGCUCAUUUUCGAACACGCAAAAACAAACUUUAUCACGUUAAAAAAUAAAGUUUGUAUUCAUUAAAAUGUCUAAUUCGAGAAAACGACAUCUCAAUGAAUAAUUUAAUGUAGAUUUAAAAUCGUAUUGGUUUUUUUUUUUGAUUUGAUUAUUCUCUUGUUGUUAUCGUUCAAAAAGUUGAUAGAACGUGGCAACCCUAUUUGAUUGUUCGCUUUUAGAAAUUUGAUACUGUGUUAAUGUUUAAUUUUUAGAAAUUUGUAGUCAUCUCAUUUUAUUCGACUCAUUUAGUUUUAACUCGUGAACAAAGAAACUAUCACUCGCUUAAUUAUUAUAUCUACGACAGAACUAAGCUAUCGAUUUUUUAUUUAAAUGCAAAUAGAAAUUAACGAAUUCAUUUUUAAACGCCCUGUAUGUAUAACGCUGUGUUGGAAACUACAGCUCGUUGUUUUUGUUAUUAUUGUUAACAUAAUAAUUUAUUUGGGGUUAGUGAUAUAUAUAUGAACAAAGCUUAGUGUGAUACAUACAUAUAAUAUGAAGAUAAAUACUAUUGAAAAAAUAUAAUACUAUUCAUGACGCUAUUUAUGAAAAAAAAAUGUCUCAUAACUUUUAUAUCGGUUUACUUAGAAUUAUAAUAAUUAUUAAUAUUUUAAUACAUAUGUACGUUACAAAUAAAUAAAUAUAUAUUGUGAUAAUUUAAUAUAAUUCAAUUAGUUGAAAUUAUUGUUUAAAUAUUAAUAUGUGAGUGAAUGUUUGUAAUUAUUGUUAAAUUUUUUGCUUAAAAACGGACUAAUGAGGACCCGUAAGCGUUUUGGUGAACAACCACAGCUCAUUUGAACGUAAAUGACAAGUUGAAGCUUUAAUUGACAUUAAAGUUAAAAAUAAAUAAAGAACUAAGAACACCCUAUCAUCAAAUGUAUUUUGGCGAUUGAAUCAUAAGCUAAUAUAGAUUUAUAUAAAUACACCAGCGACCCGCCCUGGCUUCGCUUCGGAAACUGUAAUUUAUUAUUAAUUUCUCAACUAUUUAAUGGAUGUUAUUAUACACUAGCUGACCCGGCAGACUUCGUAGUGCCACAAUCGAUAAAUAAAAGACCUAAACUUUUAUAUAGAAUAAACUUAAAACAAACAAAAGGAAUCCGUCCGACGGGGGACACGUCAAAGGGAAAACAAAAUUGUUAUUUUUAUUUAAUUCCGAGAAUUUUCAUAUUUUUAUACCUUUUAAACCUUCUCUGGACUUCCAAAAAUAAUUCAAGACCAAAAUUAGCCAAAUUGGUCAAGCCGUUUUCAUGUUAUGUCGUGACAACGGAAAACGGGUCUCAUUUUUAUAUAUAUAGAUAUAAACCUUCCUCUUCAAUCACUCUCUCUAUUAAAAAUACCGCAUCAAAAUCUGUUGCGUAGUUUUAAUGAUUUAAGCGUACAUACUGACAGAGAAAGCGACUUUGUUUUAUACUAUGUAGUGAUUCUACAAAAAUGGUUGCCAUAUAAAAUCGUGACAAGUUUUUUUUGUCUCUUUCUCGCACUCCAGAUUUCGAUAUAAAUGUCUUAGAAAGCGAACGAGAAGACGGCACAUAAGAUGGAAAGUUGUCGUCCCUAGGGGCGUUACGAUAUCCUUAAUAAAUUCUGAUAAAACAAUUCGAUGAUCACCUAAUGACGGGCUUUUCUAUUGAAAUCAAUAACAUUCAUGAUUUAUUCAUGGUCUGUUCCUCCUUCGAUUUCCUCAAUGCUGAGAGUCACGACCACCUCCUCGCGACAAAAGGUUAUUACGGAUCACUCUAUGCCGUUUGCUCCUACCUUUUUUUAUGUUACUCCUCUGUAAAUAAAAUAGGACCAUAAUACUACUACAUAAAAUCUAGGCGUAUCAUACAGAGGACCUUUGUACCGGGAACGCACUCACACUUAUUUAUUUAUUUUAUUUAUUUAUUUAAAAAAGUACUGCCACAUCACAAACAUUUUACAUUGAAAAUAACUUAAACUAUUUAAUUUAUGUUCUGAUGCAUGUGACAAUAAUGGCGUACAUAACAUUCGCAAUUCAUCGGCUCGAAGAUGGAAUACAAUAAUAAUAAAAAAAAACCUAAUGAAAACAUACUUUGAAAUUCACACUAUGCCAGGGGGCGGGAGAUAUUUAAGAACUAUACAACCUAAUGCUAUUUAUAUGUUUUUUAUCGUUAAUUAAUUACGAUCUUAUCAUUUGAAAGCUAUGUUUAAAUAAAACCCUAAAUUUUUAUCACGUAUCACGAUAGACUGUGUAAUUAGAGAGGUUGAAAACAAUUAUAUAUAUUUUUCGAUCGAUAAUCCUCCAAUGUGAUGUAGGUAUUGUCUGUAUGUAUGUAUGUAUACAGGUUAAGAUAGAGCCGUUUUCUAGUUGCGUUUUUAAUUUAAUUUCCAUUAAUCCUGUCCUCAAUUUUGGAUUGUCUGUAUUAUGGGAAUCAGAGACUGAUAUACGUACUUAUAUGCAAAUCAAAUUUCUAUGUAUAUAUAUAUAUACAGGGUAUCCCAGAACGAAUGGAUAAUCCUGAAACACCUCAUAGUAUAGCUAUUGGGGACUCAAAAAAAUAAUCAAAAAAUAUUUUUCUUAGGUACUAUCCAAAUUAAAAAUAAAGAAAAAAUACAAAAUUUCAUGAUUAAAAUUUAAGUUCAGAUUAACUUUUAUAUAAAAAAAUACACUAGCUACUCAUACGAUUUCUUGCAUAUUCCUUAGUUAAAGUUCACGUAGUAAUAUUAUAACACCAAAAAGCCUAUGGAUUUCAUUUAUUUGUAGCUGUUGUAUAUUCCAGAAAUACACAGCGGUGUGGAAAAUAUCAGUUUUUUUUUUAAAUACGUAAUUUGGGUACUACCUGAGAUUAUUUUUUUUGUGUCCUCAAUAGCUCUACUAUGAGGUGUUUCAGAAUUAUCCAUGCUUUUUUUUUAUUAAUUUUUUACUAGGACAGCCCACCUGGUGUUAAAUUCUUCUUCAUUCUUUCUGGGACACCCUGUAUAUAUUAAACGGCCAGACUUAGAGUAUAGUUACCCGGUGGGAAUCGAACCUACGACCUACGGUUCAGCAAUCGCGAGCGUUACUUAGUGCGCCACCAUAUCGGCUAAAGUUUUUUUUCAUACAAACGAAAUUUUAAUAGUCGUUUGAUAAAUUCUUCAAUUAUCAAAUUAGUAAUUAAUUUCUUUUUAUUCAAUUGUAUUUACGUAGAUUUGCGUUCAGACACUGUUAAUACUUAUUACAUUAUCAGAAAUAGAUUAGUGUAGGCGGAUAACUCGAUGGAGUAUAUGGCUUGUUUAAUUAAUAUUACAUUCUUAUAUAAAAGCUAAAAGAAACCUUCAGGGUUUAUUGUCGAGAGCAGUAAUUUAUUUUCUUAACGAAUUAUUUAUUUAUUUAUUCAACUUAAUGCACAUAAGUACAAUGGCGGACUUAAUGCCCGAGGCAUUCUCUACUAGUCAACCAAGGGUGGUGUAGAGAAUCCUGUGGUAGGUGCAUAACUUAAUGUGAACCAAACUACAUUAUACAAUAUACAAACACAUACACGGUAUAUAUAUAUAUAUAUAAUUAUCUCGCGUCUUUCAGGAUUUUUCAAGUGAAAUAUCACUUUUUUUUUGUUUGUGCAUGUUUUUCAAUGUAUUUAUGUUAGUAAUGUUAAACUUAAUAUUGGAUUAAAAAAUAUAAUUAUAUACUUUCGUGUUAUUUAUGCUAUGUUCAAGUUGUAUCGGUUGUAAUGUAUAUAUGAAUUAUUCGUUGAACUAUUCCAUGUACUUACUUGAAACUUUGGUUGUUAUAAUAAAUGUUUAAUUUUAUGUU